AUGCACGCCAUACGUAUCGCUUCAUAUGCAGCCUUCUCCUUGGUUGGCUACGCAGCCUGCCAGGACUUGGAACUCAGCGACUGCUCUCUUCUCGGACCAAUUUACCCCAUGCCAGUAAGCCUGACUAAAUCCCCGAUAAUUCAAGAUACUCGGACAUCUUUCAAGACCCUCCUUCAGGAUGUAUUCGAUAAUGGCACUACCCCGUGGGGAGAUUUCGAUGUGGCAAACACCUCUAUAUCACUAGGAGUAUUGUCGACGCAAACAGGAGACUUUUUGAGCGAGUACCACCAUACCGGGUCGACGCCAUUAAUCAAAGCUGGUUUAGUGGGUGGAAAACUGGAUGCAGACACUCUGUAUCGCACAGGGAGCAUUGGAAAGCUCUUGACGGUGUACACUAUUCUUGUCAAAUUGGGAAUGGAGUAUUGGUCCGAACCAGUGACAAAAUUUGUGGCCGACCUUCAGGAUGCGCGUGACGAUGGACCUGUUCGGAGUAUCAACUGGUCCGAGGUCACAUUGGAGUCUUUGGCGCGUCAGAUUAGUGGCUUACCACGAGAUUCCUCAAGUACUGACAUAUCUCAAUUUGGUGCUGCUGCUGUCGAGUUGGGACUCCCUAAACUUGAUUCGGGAGAGCUUUUAAGUUGUGGGGGAGCAGGGGCACAGCCUUGUACGCCUGCAGAGUUCCUACGAUAUAUCGAGGCACAAAACCCCGCAGCACCAUCGUGGCAAACCCCGAUUUACUCGAAUGAAGCAUUCCAACUUCUCGGCUUGGCAUUCGAGAACAUCACCGGCGAAUCACUCUCGGAUGCUUUCAAAUCUGGCAUUGCUAAGCCGCUGGGACUCAAAAGGACGUUCUGGAGUCCACCGGCCAACGACUCUAAUGCCAUGGUAGCCAAUCCCCCAGGCGCUCAGACCUUCGACGAAGACCUGGGAGGGUUUACCUCUGCCGGAGGACAAUGGUCAUCACUUGGCGAUCUAUCGGCUAUUGGACGUUCAAUCCUUCGGUCAUCGCUUCUGCCUCCAGCCGUGACUCGACAAUGGCUCAAGACGACCUCAUUGACCGGUGACUCAACUUCAGUGGUGGGAAUGCCGUUCGAGAUCUUCCGCGUUGACGUUCCUAUCUCACCCGAAUCGAACAAAACCCGCACGGUGGACGUUUUUUCCAAGAACGGCGGGCUUGGUGGAUACAGCACCUGGAUCUUCCUGUCUCCCGACCAUGAAAUUGGCGUCACUAUUCUCGCUGCAUCGCCAAAUCUCGGGGGAAGCGCGGUGUUGCAGCUUUCGGAACUCGCCCUCGCGACCUGGUUACCUGCAGCCGAAGCUGCUGCUCGUGAAGCUGCCGCAACCAACAUCGCCGGCAAAUUCACCUCAAACGACGGGUUGAACUCUUCUUUGUCAUUGGAAAUGAUCCCCGACUACAAGGGUCUCAGACUGACCGAACUCGUCUACAAUGGUACGGAUAUAUUGGCCUUGCUCGCUCAGGACGGCGCUACGCUUCAAUAUAUGAGCCUUCGAGACGACAAGCAGCUUUCAUUCCGUGCGAUCUUUCAGUCGCUGCAGCAACCGCAAUCGACAUCUCCAAAGAGGGCUAUUGCUUCUCAGUGCAAUCUUGCCUGGGGCUCCAUUGAUCUGUACAAGUAUGGAGGAUUUGGAUUGGAGGAAUUCAUCGUUCAAGUCGAUGGAGAUGGCAAGGCUACGGCAGUGGAGGCGCCGGCUCUGCGAACGACCUUCCUACGAAAGGGCUAA